AUGAUAGAAGCUGCGCGCACGCAGCUGCAGAGUAAAUAACCUCAAGAGCAGUUAUUGAAGUGUUGUGAAAAAUAUAAUUAGAAGUGAACCAAAAUUUGCAGUGACAAUUAUUUAGCUGAUUCAAAUCAAAAUGUGGCUGCAAACACUCUUAAUAACACUACCUGCUUUUUCUAUAGCAGCAAUUAAAGUACCGGUGGAAACAACAGCUGAGACUAUUACUAGCACAGUACCUAUCAAUGGAGAGCAAGUCGUUCCAAUUUACUAUGUUUCCGAUGAAGCGAAUAUUGAUAGUUAUUUACUUCCACCUGAUCCUCAUAAGCCCGAGGAGGUCGAUCAUCAAAAAGUGGCCACACCAGCAACUUACCUGUUGCCACCGGCACCAGAUGCCCAAAACGAAUAUUAUUAUAAGCCUACAGAGCCAGGUGAACAAACUGACUGGCUUCCUAUAAUAGCAGCACCUCAAAAACAAGCUGAGGUAAUUCCGAUAGCUCAAGAAGGGCGACCAAAUCUGCAAGAACUCAGAGAAAAUUUGAGAACAAGAAAAAUGCUUAACGGAGAACACGGCUAUUCAAUUCCAUCAAGAAAUUUACUGCCACCACGGGAAAAUGCACCUAAUGAUUUUGUACUUUUAUCUCCUUCCGUUGAAUUAGAACUACCUUCAGAGGAAAUUGAUCAUACGUUACACAAUUCACCAGCUAAAAUUCCACUGUCUACAUUAAGAGGGCCUCUUAAAUAUCUUAUGAAUGUUCCGAUUAAACUCGAUCCGAUACCUUUGCCAUAUAUAACACCACCCAAGAAUGAGUAUAGGAGCCCAACACGUUUAUAUCCUAAAAAAUAUUAUAAUGAAUUCAAGCCUGUACCAAUACCAGUAUCUCAGUAUGCUGAUGCUUCUGUGGAGGAAGUGCCUAAUGAAAACCCAGCUGAGCCAUUAAAACAAACUAUAAAUACUGAUAAUGAGUACUUCGUACCGUCCGACCAGAAAAAAAAAUACUUAUAUGAACAAUCUGAUAAAAAACGCAAAUUAAAGCAACAUCAUGAAGUAGCUGAAUUGGACACUACGACUAGCGAAACUCUUACGGAAGUACCCCCAGCAGAGCCAGAAGCUUCUGAAACGAAUUAUAGGAGUCCUGGACGUGGCGAAUAUCCAACUGAAUUAAAACAAUCACAUCAUGCAAAUCCUAAAGCGAAGAAUGGUUUAAAGUCGAAAGGCGAGCGAACGGAAUUUCGAAUGCACGGCAUGAAAGGCCCUCAUAGUUAUCAAUUUGGUUACGACACUGGAAAAGGUAAAAAUCGUCAGUUUCGAUACGAAGAGCGCGACAAUGACGGUCAUGUAAAAGGUCACUAUGGUUACAUGGAUAAAUUUGGAAAACUUCGCGUCGUCAACUACGACGCCGAUCCAGAACAUGGGUUCCGAGCCGAGGUUCCCGUAGAAAAGGAAUAAAUGAUGAUAUUAUUAUGCCGUACGAUAUGGUGUCUUGUAGAUAUUGUAAAUAUAUUUAAUGAACUUACGUUUGCCUUUAUUCUAUGUUUAUAAACACUAACGACUUAUAAUGUCGUUUGGGAGGUG